CAUGGCUCGGCUGUAUGUUUGUGUGCUGGCCCUGGUGGCUGUGCUGCUGCUAGGGAUCGCCACCAUCUCCAGAUCGAAGGGCCUGCGGAGCAAGGAGCCUCAGGGGGAGUUGCGAAUUCCUUCUCAGUUCAGCGAAGAGGAGCGCGUGGAGAUGAAAGAGGCGCUGAAAGGUGCCAUCCAGAUCCCAACAGUGUCUUUCAGCUCAGAGGAAUCCAAUACGACAGCCCUAGCUGAGUUUGGAGAAUACAUUUAUAAAGUCUUUCCUACAGUGUUCAGCACCAGCUUUAUCCAGCAUGAAGUCGUGGGAGGAUACAGCCACCUGUUCACUGUCCAAGGCUCAGACCCCAGGCUGCAGCCCUACAUGCUGUUGGCUCACUUUGAUGUGGUUCCUGCCCCUACAGAAGGCUGGGAGGUGCCCCCAUUCUCUGGGCUGGAACGUGAUGGCUUCAUCCAUGGUCGGGGCACACUGGACAACAAGAACUCUGUGAUGGCAAUCCUGCAGGCCUUGGAGCUACUACUGAUCAGGAAACACAUCCCCCAAAGAUCUUUCUUCAUUGCUCUAGGCCAUGAUGAGGAGGUGUCAGGGGUGAAUGGGGCUCAGAAAAUCUCAGCCCUGCUACAGACGAGAGGUGUCCAGCUGGCCUUCAUUGUGGAUGAGGGUGGCUUCAUCUUGGAUGGUUUCAUUCCCAACAUCAAGCCCUUUGCACAGAUUGCAGUCUCAGAGAAAGGUAGCAUUAAUCUCAUGCUGCAAGUAAACAUGACUCCAGGCCACUCUUCAGCUCCUCCAAAGGAGACAAGCAUUGGCAUCCUCGCAGCCGCUGUCAGCCGACUGGAGCAGACACCAUUGCCUAACAUGUUUGGAGAAGGGCCACUGAAGACAUCAUUGGAGCUUCUGGCAAAUGAGUUUUCCUUCCCUGCAAAUAUUAUCUUGAGCAACCUGUGGCUAUUUCGGCCUCUUGUAAAAAGGUUAAUGGAGAGGAAUUACAUAACCAAUGCACUGGUUAGGACCACCACAGCCCUCACCAUGUUCAAUGCAGGGGUCAAGGUGAAUGUCAUCCCUCCAAUGGCCAAGGCCAUAGUCAACUUCCGGAUUCAUCCUGCACAGACAGUCCAGGAGGUCCUAGAACUCGUCAAGAACAUUGUGGCUGAUGACCGAAUCCAGUACCAUGUGUUGAGUGCCUUUGACCCCCUGCCGGUCAGCCCCUCUGACAACCAGGCCUUGGGCUACCAGCUGCUCCGCCAGACCAUACAGUCUGUCUUCCCGGAAAUCAAUAUUGUCACCCCAGGUACUUGUAUUGGCAACACAGACAGCAGACACUAUACAAACCUCUCCAAUGGCAUCUACCGAUUCAACCCACUCUACCUCCAGCCUCAGGGCUUCAGAAGCAUCCAUGGAAUCAACGAGAAAAUCUCAGUCCAAGCCUACGAGACACAAGUGAAAUUCAUCUUUGAGUUGAUCCAGCAUGCAGAUACAAUCCAAGUGCCUGUUCUUCAUAUGCACGAACUAUGA